GCCGAAAUUUCAAUUCUUUUCUCCAGCAAACAAAACAAAACUCCGCCGCUGCUCUCUCCACCUCUGUCCUGUCCGUGAUUUAUACAAACUCAAACCUUGGUAAUCUCCGCGCCGCAAACCCUAGCCGCCGCCAUGGCCUUCCUCGCCGGCGCAGCCUCCAUCCGCAGCCCCUUCGCCCUCGUCUCCUCCUCCCGGCGCCGGUACGAUCUACCCACGGCCGUGAAGGCCACCACCAAUUCGAAUUCGGUUCCCCACCACCCCAUCAUCUCCUCCCUCCGCCUCGCCGCCUCCGCCGCGGUCCUCCUCGCGGCCACCUCCCCGGCCAUCGCGUGCACGCCGCCCGCGCCCACCGUCACGGUCUCGCCCGAGGACGCCAUCCAGGACGACUCCCACCUCUUCGAGAAGCUCAUCAUCGAGACCGCCGCCCUCUCCCAUGUCAGCGGCGCGGAGGCCGCGCGGACCCGCCUCUCCGCCGCCGGAGGCGGCGAGGACUAUGCUCGGCUCCUCGCAGCGCAGACGCUCUUCGUGGACGGCAAGGCCGACGAGGCGAUCGCCGCCUUCGAGGAGCUCGCGCGGGAGGACCCCGGCGACUACCGCCCCCUGUUCUGCCAGUACGUUCUGUACUCUGUUCUGGGCAGGGCGGCGGAGUCGGAGUCGAUGCUCGAGCGCUGCCAGGCGAUCGCCGGCGACAAAUUCAGCGCCAAUUUGACAAUGCCGAUCUCGGCGACCAAGGAGGUGGAAGCAGCAGCAGAGGCAGAGGCUGAGCCCGUGACAGAGAAGACGGAAACAGAGGCGGAGGGGGAGAAACUGUGAGUGCAGCGGAUUUGGAAUCAUCACCAAAUAAGGUAGGCAUUUGCUCCCUUUCUUUUGAAGGAAAAUAUAGGUUGGAACGCCAUGAUGAUGCUCUAAUGGUACAGUAGAAUCAUACAAACAGAGAGAAAUUCGAGACGGCAAUUCCUGUUUUGCAGUUCUGAUAUGUAGGCUAAGAAUUAUGCAAUUUACAUGGUUUGAGAAUAAGUCGAGGCGAUCAUGGUAAGGUGAUCGAUUUUGAGAGUGUUGAUAAGUACAGUCUAUACUUCUGCUGUACACCACUAAUUUGUGGAAUGGAUACAUUGCUUCAUUUA